GAAUAAUAGCCGGAGCUAGUGUGGCGAAGUGUAUCUGUGAAAUCUGCCCGUAGCUCAGCCCCGCACAGCCUCAAGUGCCCUGAAAAGGAGCAGCUUUUGACCGAGUUGGAUUUAAAGGCGCUCUCCGACGCUUUCAGAGAUAUGGGCUCAGAGCCACCCAGCUCUCCACAGGUGGUGGAGGAUGGAGGAGAGGAGGAUGAGGAGGAGCUGAGCGGAGGAGAGGAAGCAGAUCUGCGGUCCAGCUCUGGCCGGGGCUCCCUGCUGACCCGGAGAGGCAUCACUCUGAGAGUUCUGCUGAAGGACGGUCUGGUGGAGCCAGGGGAUGGGGUGUUAGCCAUCCACUACCUGGGUAAGAACUUUGUUGGAGACCUGUUGAAUGAUGGGAAAAUCCGAUGGGUGGAGACGGGCCAGAUCUUCAACUCCCCCAGUGCCUGGGCGACACACUGCAAACGUCUGGUCAACCCAGCCAAGAAGUCUGGCUGUGGCUGGGCGUCUGUACGCUACCGGGGACAGAAACUGGUCCAGUACAAAACCACUUGGCUGCACAAGUACCAACCCAGCGCAGACAUGAGCCUGGUGAGUGAGGAGGACGAUGACGAGGAUGAAGAGGAGGGUAAGACCGCUGUGCAAGCAGAUGAGAAGAACAAGAACAACAAACCUGGAUUACAUGAUGUAAUGGUUUCACGAAGAACUGACAGAGAAAGAAUUCCUGUCAGAUAUUGCACCUUGGGCACCAGGGAUGCUGCCAGAGAUCCGCACACUCUCGUGGAGCUGUCAGCCUUCUCAGCCAUCAACAGAUUCCAGCCUUUCAACGUAGCCGUGUCCAGUAAUGUACUGCUGCUAAUGGACUUUCACUGUCACCUGACCACCAGUGAGGUGGUGGGAUACCUCGGAGGACGGUGGGAUACUAAUACACAAUUGCUGACCGUCUUAAGGGCUUUCCCCUGUCGGACCAGGCUGGCAGACCGAGACUCAGCUUCCGCUGUCGAGGAGGAGAUUUGUCAGAACCUGUUCAUGCGCGGCCUGUCGUUGGUGGGCUGGUACCACAGUCACCCACGAGGUCCAGCUCUUCCGUCGCUGCAGGACAUCGACUCCCAGAUGGACCACCAGCUGAGGCUGCAGGGUUCAAACAACGGCUUCCAGCCCUGUCUGGGCAUCAUCUGCGGACCAUAUUACCACGGCAAUCAAGGUGUGGCCUCUACAAUAACUCCAUUCUGGGUGGUACCGCCACCUGAGGUAAAGCAACGGCCUAAUGACUACGGUAUCCCAGUGGCUGUAGAGGUCACUUACGUACAGGACAACUUCCUCACCAGUGAUGUCCUUAAUGAGAUGAUGCUGCUGGUCGACUACUACAGGGCAGCUCCCGACCUCGUCCAGUUCAGCCAGUACUGGUGCCCCGACACAACCAUGAUGGACAAGAUCAAGGGCUCUCUGAGUUGCCAUGCUCCCAAAGAUCAGGCCUACUCUCAGAUCUUGGAGCAUGUCUACAGUCAGCUGAGCAACAUGCAGUGAGUGGAUGUGCUCUGCACGUGUGCAUGUGGCUGCUGUCCAUCUCAAGUCGUUCCAUUUCGAAUACGUUUUGUGCAGAGCUGACGGGCUCUGGUGUGACGUGCGUACAAUGUACAAAAACCUGCUUGAAAAACAUGUAGAUGCCUUGAAUUCUCUCACUCUUAAUUUAAUACAGCAUUAUCAUGAGUUCAGACACACUUCAAUGACUUUGAAGGUGAAGGUGCUAAAUCUGUGAUGCUAGUCACAACAGGAGCUUGUAUUUACCAUUGAUAAAAAACAAAGAAAUAUACAGUGUGAAACUAAUUAGUGUUAAAAACCAAUGUUUUACUAAAAUUAAAUAUUGUUUUAAGGACACUAAAUGGAACUGUUUCAUAUCCAGAUAAGCACUGGCCUCUUACCUUUUACAAAUGGACCUAUGUGCCUAUCUGUGCCAGUAUCCUGCCGUAUGAGCAGAUAUUGCCAGAUAUGUACAAUGUAAACUUGUUGUAAUUGCCUUCAUAGACUAAACCAGGAACAGUGAUUGGAAAACAAAAUGUAAGAAAAAAGUAGUGCUAAAUAUCUUUAGCAUACAACGUGAGCAAAGUAGGAAAAGCAUCUUGGGUUGACCUAAACAAUACUCUGCAAUAGGUUUUGUGAAUGUUUGUGUUCCUUAAGUCAAAUUGAAAGGUUGCAGUGUGGUGCAAGUAAAUCCAUUUUGCCAAAUGUUUUUUUUUAAUUUUUUUUAUGAACCUGUGUGUCUGUGAGUUGUGUUGUGAAUGUGCCCCUCUACUGUCUCCCUAUCAGGUUACAUGAGACAAGAGUCCUGUUGUUAGGACACCUAUUUGCUUCCUCUUUACCUGUACUGUAUUUACAACUAACUGUGGAUUGUGUGAUGUACAUGUAUGAAGAUGUAUGCCUUAAGCCUGCUGAUUGAUGAUCCACAAAGCAUUAAAAUACACACACUGGAACUA